AUGUCCUGGGUUGGACCGAUGUACCGAUUUGACGAGGAUGACCCACCUGCAAGCGACAUACUCUCAGCGCGUCUGCGAGCUAAAUACUGGGGUUCGCAGGUGAUUACUUACAGACCUUGCAUCAAGCAGAUCCUAGACCUAUCAUACCGACUGCGAUCAAAGGCGAAUCCCUCGCUUCUCCACGUUCCGUACUCCGAUCUUCCACAGGAGAUCCGCGAUGAGCUUCACGUGCUUCCACAAGAAACUUGGGAUCAUGCCCAGAAGGGCAUCAGGUCGCUUAUCGAGAGUACUCAGGCUUUCCAUGGCCUUGGGGAUAAACGGCCCAUCAUCACAAAUGUAUUUGGCACGGCACAUGCCCAAUGGGGUAAUCUCGUCGUUCUCGCAGCAUGCUAUUGCGACCCGUUCCUCCGUCAACACAUUGACGCGCCGAAACUGCGAGACUUGUACCACAAGACAAUAGGGUUCUUUGGAAAGUUGCGGGGCACACUAGUGCCUUGA